AGGGGCGGUAUAAAGGCACUGGGUUUCUCCCCAACUGCUUGUCACACUGACCUGCACCAUCUCUCGAUCGCUUGUGGGCUUUCUAUCAACUAGUCCUGGAGGGAAGAAAACUCGUAGGAGAAUAACAUCUUCUUGUAGCCAUGCCAGAACCAACCAAGAAAGAGGAAAAUGAAGUCCAAGCCCCAGCCCCCGCCCCACCCCCGGAAGAACCAAAUAAAGAGAAGGAGGCCGGAAAGGGACCCGCAAAAGAUGAAGAGGAAGUCUCCCCGCCUAGCGCCUUGCCUCCAGGUUUGGGUAGUCGGGCCCUGGAAAGAAAAGAUUCAGAAUGGUCUCUUGGGGAGUCACCUGCUGGGGACGAACAGGACAAGCAGAACAAUUCUCAGCUGUCCACCCUCUUGAUUGAAAAACCUCAGUCAGGAACAGUGAAAGUGGGUGAAGAUAUCACCUUUAUAGCCAAAGUCAAGGCUGAAGAUCUUCUGAGGAAACCGACUAUCAAGUGGUUUAAAGGGAAAUGGAUGGAUCUGGCCAGCAAAGCAGGGAAGCACCUCCAGCUGAAGGAAACCUUUGAAAGGCAUUCUCGGGUGUACACGUUUGAGAUGCAGAUUAUCAAGGCCAAAGAGAACUUUGCAGGGAACUACAGAUGCGAGGUCACCUACAAGGAUAAGUUUGACAGCUGCUCUUUCGAUCUUGAAGUGCGGGAAUCCACUGGGACUACUCCAAGCAUUGACAUCAGAUCUGCUUUCAAGAGAAGUGGAGAAGGUCAAGAGGAUGCAGGGGAACUUGACUUUAGUGGUCUCCUGAAACGUAGGGAGGUGAAGCAGCAGGAGGAAGAACCCGAGAUAGACGUGUGGGAGCUGCUGAAGAGCGCCAAACCCAGCGAGUACGAGAAGAUCGCCUUCCAGUAUGGGAUCACCGACCUGCGCGGGAUGCUCAAGCGGCUCAAGCGCAUGCGCAGAGUGGAGAAGAAGAGCGCAGCUUUUGCAAAAAUUCUUGAUCCUGCGUAUCAGGUUGAUAAAGGAGGCAGAGUGAGGUUUGUUGUGGAACUGGCAGAUCCGAAGCUGGAGGUGAAAUGGUAUAAAAAUGGGCAAGAAAUUCGACCCAGUACAAAAUACAUCUUUGAACACAAAGGUUGUGAAAGAAUCAUGUUUAUCAAUAACUGUGCGCUGACAGAUGAUUCAGAGUAUUAUGUGACAGCGGGAGAUGAGAAGUGUUCCACUGAGCUCUUUGUAAGAGAGCCUCCAAUUAUGGUGACCAAACAGCUGGAAGAUACAAAUGCUUAUUGUGGGGAGAGAGUGGAAUUAGAAUGUGAAGUGUCUGAAGACGAUGCCAAUGUAAAAUGGUUUAAGAAUGGCGAAGAGAUCAUCCCUGGGCCAAAAUCAAGAUACCGAAUUAGAUGUGAGGGCAAAAAACACUUUCUGAUCAUUGAAGGAGCGACAAAAGCUGACUCGGCAGAAUACUCGGUGAUGACGACGGGAGGACAGUCUUCUGCUAAGCUUAGUGUGGACUUGAAACCUCUGAAGAUUAUGACACCUCUGACGGAUCAGACUGUAAAUAUUGGAAAAGAAAUCUGCUUGAAGUGUGAAAUCUCUGAACAUGUACCAGGAAAAUGGACGAAAAAUGGCCUGCCUAUUCAGGAGAGUGACCGUGUGAAGAUUUAUCACAAGGGAAGAAUCCACAAGUUAGUGAUAUCCAGUGCUCUCACAGAAGAUGAAGGUGACUAUGUAUUCACACCUGAUGCCUACAAUACUCCUAUGUCUGCCAAAGUUCAUGUUGUUGAUCCUCCUAAGAUCAUCCUGGACGGUCUUGAUGCUGACAAUACAGUGACAGUGAUUGCAGGAAACAAACUUCGGCUUGAGAUCCCCAUCUCUGGAGAACCACCUCCCAAAGCCAUCUGGAGCAGAGCAGAUAAGGCUAUUCCAGAGGGCAGUGGCCGGAUAAGGGCUGAAUCUUACCCCGAUAGCAGCACACUGGUCAUUGACGUGGCGGAAAGAGAUGAUUCUGGUGUUUAUAACAUACAUCUGAAAAAUGAGGCUGGAGAAGCGCGUGCGAGCAUCAAGAUUAAAGUUGUGGACAUCCCUGAUCCUCCAGUGGCACCAAACCUGACGGAGGUGGGAGAUGAUUGGUGCAUCAUGAACUGGGAGCCUCCUGCCUACGAUGGAGGGUCUCCAAUCUUAGGAUACUUUAUCGAAAGGAAAAAGAAACAGAGCUCCAGGUGGAUGAGGCUGAAUUUUGAACUCUGCAAAGAAACAACUUUUGAGCCCAAGAAGAUGAUUGAAGGCGUGGCCUACGAGGUCCGCAUCUUCGCAGUCAAUGCUGUCGGUGUCUCUAAGCCCAGUAUGCCCUCCAAACCUUUUGUUCCUUUGGCUGUAACCAGCCCUCCUACUCUUCUGACCGUUGACUCUGUCACCGACACAACUGUCACCAUGAAGUGGCGGCCCCCAGACCAGAUUGGUGCAGCAGGUUUAGAUGGCUAUGUGCUAGAGUAUUGCUUUGAAGGAACUGAGGACUGGAUAACUGCAAACACGGACCUGAUCGACAAGACCAAGUUCACUAUCACUGGACUGCCGAUGGAUUCAAAGAUCUUUGUGCGGGUGAAGGCUAUCAACGCGGCCGGUGCCAGCGAGCCCAAAUACUACUCCCAGCCCAUUCUCGUGAAGGAAAUCAUAGAGGCUCCCAAGAUUCGUGUCCCGAGGCACCUGAAGCAAACCUAUAUCCGCAGAGUUGGAGAAGCAGUCAAUCUGGUUAUACCGUUCCAGGGAAAACCGAGACCAGAAUUAACUUGGAAGAAGGAUGGUGCAGAAAUUGAUAAGAAUCAAAUAAACAUUCGCAACUCUGAGACGGACACGAUCAUAUUUAUCAGGAAAGCAGAGAGAAGCCACUCUGGGAAAUACGACCUGGAGGUCAAAGUGGACAAAUAUGUGGACAGCGCAUUGAUCGACAUCCAGAUCGUGGACCGUCCGGGUCCACCCCAAGUUGUGAAGAUUGACGAUGUCUGGGGAGAGAACGUCGCUCUGUCAUGGACACCACCCAAGGAUGACGGAAAUGCUGCCAUCACAGGGUACACCAUCCAGAAGGCUGACAAGAAGAGCAUGGAAUGGUUCACCGUAAUUGAGCAUUAUCACCGAACCAAUGCCACCAUCACUGAACUGGUCAUUGGGAAUGAAUAUUAUUUCCGGGUCUUUGCUGAAAACAUGUGCGGCCUCAGUGAGGAUGCGACGAUGACUAAAGAGAGCGCCGUGAUUGCCAAGGACGGUAAAGUCUACAAAAAUCCGGUGUAUGAAGACUUUGAUUUUACAGAGGCACCCAUGUUUACCCAGCCUUUGGUUAACACCUAUGCUAUAGCUGGCUACAACGCCACCCUGAACUGCAGUGUGCGAGGAAACCCUAAGCCUAAAAUAACCUGGAUGAAAAACAAAGUUGCCAUUGUGGAUGACCCAAGAUACAGGAUGUUCAGCAACCAGGGGGUCUGUACUCUGGAGAUUCGCAAGCCCAGCCCCUAUGAUGGGGGCACUUACUGCUGCAAAGCCGUCAAUGAGCUUGGGACAGUGGAGAUAGAAUGCAAACUGGAGGUGAAAGUUGUAGCACAGUAAGGAUGUUUGAAUGUAUAUUGUCACCCAAGGUGGGCUCUCCUUCUGCAGGCUCCUCUUACAAGGUGUGCCUCCAAACAUAAUUGAUUCGUAUUUGCGAGACUUGCACUCAAGCAAUCCUGAGGAAUUCUGAGGGCCUGGCUCUGCUUCUCUGCCCUCCGCUGCUUUCAAAUCUGGUUGAAAAGAGAAAGCAUUUUCUGUUUUUCCACCGGGCCCCCAAGUGUGAUCAUUUUCUUUCCUCCUAAUGUUAAAGAGAGAAAAAAAAAAAUGUUUGCACAGAUUGCUUAAUUAAAAAUUGCAAAACCAGUCUUACUUGAAGUCA